AUGUACCUGAUGAGCCGCCUGCCUCUUGCGAAAUUCGUUGCUUUCAUAGUGAUCCUAUGGGGUGGCAUCUGCAUGUGUCUGGCAGCUGCAACGACUUUCCGUUCCUUUCUUGGUGUUCGAUUUGCCUUAGGAUUGGCUGAAGGCGCCGUCUCACCUGCCUUUGUGACUCUCACCAGUAUUUGGUAUAAGAAGAAUGAGCACCCAUUGCGUAUUGGUCUAUGGAUCAGCUGCAAUGGACUGGCUCAGGUCAUCGGCGCCUUGAUGAUGUAUGGCCUCGGUCACCGGAAUAUGGCUAUUGCCCAAUGGAAGGCUAUGUUUAUCAUCUGUGGUGCUCUGACAUCUUUCAUUGGCAUUCUAUUUUACUUUUUAAUGCCAGCUGGUCCCGAAACAGCGUGGUUUCUCACAUUCGAGGAGCGGCUGGUAGCAACACGGAGAAUGCAAACAGAAACCGAAGGGGGCGACAAGACAGAUUUCUCCAUUCCACAAUUGAAAGAAGCUGCCACGGAUAUUAGGGCAUAUCUGAGCUUCCUGUUUGGCAUUCUCAUGACACUACCUGCGCCAGUUAUUGCGUUUGCUUCACUUAUUAUCUACUUCCUAGGAUAUUCUAAUUUUGAGACUAUGCUGUACACGUCACCCGCGGGUGUAGUUCAGAUUGUCUUCAUAUGGGUUGGGAUUUUUCUCUGCUAUCUAUGGCCAAAUCGUCGGUGUACCAUUACAAUUGGGCUCACAAUUGUUCCACUCACUGGAAUCAUUCUGCUCUUUGUGCUUCCCUUGUCAUCAGGUUGGGGCAUGAUUGUUGCGUCAUGGUUGGCCUCUGUCAUCUCAAACAUCUUCUCGAUUCUGCUUAGUUUGAACGCCUCCAAUACUCGCGGAAACACAAAGAAAGCUAUCGUCAAUGGCCUAUUUUUCGUUGGCUACGCUGUUGGUGCCAUUUGCGGACCAUUGCUCUGGAACACUGAAAAUGCGCCCAGGUACCGCAGUGGUCUUAUCUUGGCUCUUGUUAGCUGGAUUGUGUUUAUUCCAACGGUGGGAGUAUAUUGGGCUUCGUGUGUUUACGAGAACAAGCGUCGAUAUACAGUCGAGGGGGAUAUCGCCGAACAUGUGGCUGAUAUAGCUGGAAAGGAUUUGACUGACAAACAAGACAAGCAAUUCCGAUACACUAUUUGA